AUGACGUUAAAAGCAACUCAAAUCCCAACUAAAACUGAAGUAAAUCUUCAAAGACUUUUAGCUGUUUGCGAAAAACAGGUCUCUGAAGAGAAUGGCUUAAUACGAGGACCCGAAAAAAUGAAAUUUAUAACGAACAUAAAGUACCUUCGCAAAUUAUUAGAACAAAUAGAAAAGGAGGCCGAUUA